CCUCGCUUUCCGGCUCCGGCUUUCCUCUCUCGUCUCGGCUCGGUCACCAGUUUUCUUACGUUUUCCUUCUGUAAGUUCUGUCUCAUCCAAACUUAUCAGCUCUUACAGAAUCUGCUGCUACAGUAACCAGCGAUUACGCAGCAAUCAUUUAACGAGAUUCUCGCUGUUUCUCAGCUCUAAAUUUGCUCUAUCCUCAAUCAUACUUCCGAAUGAUGCCCAAAAGGAAGAAUUUUUACAGACCACAAACCCACAAAAAGGGUAAAUUCUGCAUCACUCCUGGUUUGAAGGGGUUCAUCUGUACUUGUAACAUUAUGAAUGAGAAGGAGUGUGUCCGAGAAUCUUACAAUAUCAUGAAUGAGUUCUCUGCCAAAUUAUUCCCUGAAAUGAAGGAACCAGAAACUGCUGAAAAUGUUGAAGCUUCAGAAGUAGAAGAUGAGCUAGCAAAAGAAAUCGAAGAGCUUAAAUCAUCCGAUGAUAAAACAGAGCAAAGAAAAUUCAGUGUUGUCAAUACAGAUAUUAAGGGUGUGGUAUUUAUUAAGACAACCCUUGAUGACCCUGUGAAAUUAGCUCAUAGUAUCCUGGCCGAAAUUGCUGAUACAAAACAGCAGAGGACAAGGUUCCUUCUUCGAAUGAUUCCUGUAGAGGCUGUUUGCAGGGCCACAGUAGAAGAUAUAAAAGCAGCAGCUGUAAUAUUAUUUAAGAAGCAUUUUAAAUGUGACAGCACCACCUUCUCAAUCAUUUUCAACCGACGACAGAAUGAUAAUAUUGACCGUAUGGAACUAGUAAGAGAAUUAGCUUUGUUGGUGACUGACUGUAAUCCAUUGCACCAAGCAAACCUGAAGGAACCAAAUCUGGCUGUGGUAGUUGAAGUAAUUCGAGGCAUUUGCUGCUUAUCUGUUGUCCCGGACUACUAUAAAUUGCGGAAGUAUAACCUCCUGGAGCUGACAAAUCCUACUGAAUCAGGAAAGAAAGCUGAAGAAAAGGAUACCCACUCCACAGACACUGAGAAUUCAGAAAAAAAAGGUGAUGGCUCCUCAGAAACAACAGCGACUAAUGAUGUGAAUCCCGAUUUGGGAGCACAAAAUCCUGCUGUUGAAACAACAAUUUUGAAAGAUGAAAAGGAAAGAUAAUCUUGAUUAUUUAUUUGUUGCUGUUUGUUUCAAAUUUUUACUUAAAUUUUGUCCGUAAGUAAGAAUUUUUUCUUUACUACUUUUUUUGUGUUUUGUUGUUUUUCUUUGCUACUUUAAAGUUUUCGAUUAUCUCAAUAAAUUUGAUAUAAAUUUAACAAGAA